UAACAAUAAACAAAUUAAUUAAACAAAAUAAAUAAAAAUGUUCUUUAAAAGUUUAGUUACCGUAUUAGUUUUAUGUGUGGCUUACACAAUGGCUACACCAGGAUAUCUUGCUCCAAGUGGAAUUAGUCACACAUCACGUGUGGAUUAUUAUGGUAAAGCAAUUCCAAUUGUAAAACCAAUUGUUAUUGCUAAGCCCAUAAUUCAUACACCAAUUGUACAUGCCGCACCUGUUUAUGUGAAACCAGCUUUAUCAUAUGGAAUUGGUGGUUAUGGAUUAGGUGGACAUGGAUUAGGCUAUGGAUUAGGCGGUCAUGGAUUAGGCGGUCAUGGAUUAGGCUAUGGAUUAGGCGGUCAUGGAUUAGGUUAUGGAUUAGGUGGUCAUGGAUUAGGAUAUGGACUUGGAGGUGCUUAUUAUGGUGGCUACGGACUUGGUGGUGGUUAUGGAGGAUAUGGACUUGGAGGUGGCUAUGGUGGCUACGGACUUGGAGGUGGUUAUGGUGGCUAUGGAUAUGGUGGAAUCCACUAAACAUGUGAUAUAUUGUGAUAAAAAUACUCGGCCAAAGAUAAUUUAUAUUUUUUCUAUCG